GUACAAAAACUGCUCUGUAUGUGUCCAGUGGAUUUCCAUGGGAUUUUCCAGUUAGAUGAACGUCGCAGAGAUGCUGUUAUUGCUUUAGGAAUCUUUCUAAUUGAAUCUGACCUUCAGCACAAAGAUAAUGUGGUUCCUUACCUCCUCCGACUUCUGAAGGGUCUUCCCAAAGUCCAAUGGAUAGAAGAAAGCAAUGCACGGAAAGGCAGAGGUUUGCUUCCAGUAGCAGAAAACUUCAGUUUCUGCUUGGUAACAUUGUUAUCAGAUGUUGCUUACAGGGAUGCAUCUCUCAGAGAGCAGAUUUUGGAUGCAAUUCUACAAGUAAUGCAGUUCCUGUUGGGAAUGUGCCAGACGCCACAAAUGCACGAUAAAGAAUAUUUAUGCAAGUAUGCAGUACCCUGCCUGAUAGGAAUUUCUCGAGCCUUUGGUCGCUACAGCAAUUCAGAGGAGGCUCUCCUUUCAAAGCUUUUUCCAAAAAUUCCCCCGCAUUCCCUGAGAGUUCCAGAAGAGCUUGAAGGAAUUCGCCGACGAUCCUUUAAUGAUUUCAGAUCCAUUCUUCCCAGUUCUCUACUCACUGUCUGCCAAGAAGGAACACUAAAGAGGAAGGCUAGCAGCGUAUCUAGCAUCUCACAGGUUAGUCCUGAACGUGGAAUUCCCCCUCCGAGCUCUCCUGGAGGAUCUGCAAUUCAUUACUUUGAAGGUUCAUAUCUUCCUGAUGGGAGCGCACUGGAUCCUGAUUAUUAUUUCUCUACCAUCAGCUCCAGCUUUUCAGUUUCUCCUCUCUUCAAUGGCAUUAACAAUAAAGAGUUUAAUAUCCCACUGGAAAUGCUCCGUCAGCUAUUGAACAUGGUGAAACAGAUCGUUGGGGAUUCUCUGCUAAAGACCUUAGAUGCAGUUGUAGCUGAAGUUGCAGAGACGGGUGCUAAUACAGAUCUCUAUUACAAAACAUUCAGUGACCCUCUUUAUCUUGCUCAGUUUAAAAUGCUGAGAGACACAUUAUACUAUAUGAAAGACCUUCCCAACUCAUUUGUGAAGGAAAUCCAUGAUUUUGUGCUAGAGCAAUUCAACAGCAGUCAAUCAGAACUUCAGAAAAUCCUCCAUGAUGUGGAUCGACUGCACAAUGAACUGAGUCCUUUAAAACUGCGUUGUCAGGCUAACGCUGCCUGUGUGGAUCUCAUGGUGUGGGCUGUGAAAGAUGAGCAAGGUGCAGAAAACCUGUGCAUCAAGUUGUCAGAGAAGCUGCAGUCAAAAACCUCAAGCAAAGUCAUCAUUGCUCACUUGCCACUGCUAAUCUGCUGUUUGCAGGGUCUAGGUCGUUUGUGUGAGAGGUUCCCUGUUGUGGUUCAUUCUGUCAAUCCAUCCUUGAGGGACUUUCUUGUGAUACCUUCCCCAGUGCUUGUGAAACUUUACAAGUAUCAUAGCCAGUAUCACACAGGUGGUAAUGACAUCAAGAUUAGUGUAACCAACGAGCAUUCAGAGUCCACUCUAAAUGUAAUGUCUGGCAAGAAAAGUCAACCAUCCAUGUAUGAGCAACUGCGUGACAUUGCCAUAGACAACAUCUGCAGGUGCUUGAAAGCUGGCUUGACCAUAGAUUCGGUGAUCGUUGAGGCCUUUCUUGCGAGUUUAUCUAACCGUCUGUACAUCUCUCAAGAGAGUGAUAAGGAAGCUCAUUUGAUUCCUGAUCACACAAUUCGUGCUCUAGGGCAUAUUGCAGUGGCACUGAGGGACACCCCAAAAAUGAUGGAACCCAUCCUACAGAUCUUACAGCAGAAGUUUUGCCAGCCACCUUCUCAUCUCGAUGUACUCAUCAUUGAUCAGCUGGGCUGCUUGGUCAUCACUGGAAAUCAAUAUAUUUACCAGGAGGUGUGGAAUCUGUUUCAACAAAUCAGUGUUAAAGCAAGCUCAGUUGUUUACUCUGCCACAAAAGACUAUAAGGAUCAUGGAUACAGACACUGUUCUUUAGCAGUCAUUAAUGCCCUAGCUAACAUCGCUGCUAACAUUCAAGGAGAACACCUUGUGGAUGAACUACUGAUGAACUUGCUGGAACUGUUUGUUCAGCUCGGGCUAGAAGGAAAGAGAGCUAGUGAGAGAGCAAGUGAAAAAGGACCGGCACUGAAG